AUGCUCUUCAUAUCAACCGUUUCAUCUGACGAUAAUCACUCCUCUUGUGCUACAGCGACCCCAACCAUCGCGACCGAUUUCGAGACCGGAGGUCCGGACGUGAAGAACGUUCUUGGUCCGGACGACCAUCUGAACGAGAAACACUCUCAGUUGUCUGGUGGUGAAAUCGACGUUGUCAACGCGGUUACUGUCGAUGCUCUGACGUACGGAGACGAGGACGGAAGAUUACCUACGGAAGAGGAGAGGGCUACGCUCCGUUUGGUAGCUGGUGGACCAGAUAUGGCGCAAUCUGCUUCUGACUGGCCGGAUUUCCGGUCUUUAAGAAAGAUCCCAUGGGCCGCGUAUAUCAUCUGUCUGGUCGAGUUCGCCGAGCGUGCAUCGUACUAUGGGUGCAGCGGUGUCUUCACAAAUUUCAUCCAACGCCCUCUGCCUGCGGGAGGUAACGGAGCUGGAGCACCUCCCGCUGGAACUCAGGAAACUGCUGGUGCUCUCGGACUUGGACUGAUCGCGGCCACUGGUAUCGUGAAGACGUUCCAGUUUCUUGCCUACGCUCUCCCCAUCCUUGGCGGUAUUCUUGCGGAUACGAAAUGGGGUAGAUUCAAGACGAUUUGCAUUGGGACUGCAAUCGGUGCAGUGGCCCACAUUAUCAUGACGAUAUCUGCAAUUCCCUCUGUUAUCGGAGCUGGGCAUGCGAUCGCUCCCUUCAUCAUCUCUGUUCUCGUCCUGGCUCUGGCAACGGGUCUGAUUAAGCCUUGUAUCGCACCCAUCAUCGGCGAUCAAUCUCCCGUCAAGGUCCAGAGUAUCAUGACGCUCAAGACAGGCGAAAAGGUCAUCGUCGAUCCCGGCACCACCAUUCAGUCCAUGCUCAUGAUAUACUACUGGGCUGUGAACGUCGGCGCAUUCAUGCAAGUCGCGACGAGUUACGCAGAGAAGAGAAUCGGGUUCUGGCUGGCGUAUCUCGUCCCCGGAAUCGUGUAUAUCAUCAUGCCUAUUGCUUUGGUGAUUGUGUACAAGAGAUUGAUAAAGCUACCGCCGCAAGGGUCUGUCGUCCUUGAUACGAUAAACGUGAUUCGGACCAUUAUUUCUCGCGCGGGAGUUUCUGGCCUUGUGAAAGGUGGCGAAAACUGGGACACCGCUCGACCCUCGAAUAUCGCUGCGGCCGGAGGCUUGCCCAACAAACCGGCUGGGUGGGUAAAGUGGGAUGACGAUUUUGUGGAUGAGAUCAAGCGCACUAUCAAAGCUUGCAGGCUUUUCCUCUUCAUUCCUAUCUUCGCUAUGGCUGACGGUGGUCUCGACACCAUUACCAACAAUCAAGGAGCAUCCAUGACCACGAACGGAGCCCCGAACGAUCUUCUCGGAAAUUUCAACUCUUUGACAAUCAUCGUAGCCGUGCCGAUCCUGAAUUUCGGCGUGUACCCCUGGUUGCGCAAAAUGGGCAUCAACUUCUCCCCUAUCAAACGUAUUGUCCUAGGCUUCGUCAUCGCCACCUUGGGUAUGGUGGUCGGCGCCAUACUCCAAUGGCAAGUCUACGAGACUUCGCCUUGCGGAUUUUUUGCUACCGAGUGCACGGUUGGCACAGGUGUCUCACCCAUCGCCAUCUGGACCCAAAUUCCCUUGUACUCCCUCCCCGCCCUCGCUGAAAUUCUAAUCAACGUCACGUCAUACGAGAUCGCGUACACUCGGGCACCACAGAGGAUGAAGGGACUCGUCUUCGCCAUAGUCUUGUCCAUGAAUGCCUUGUCCAGCGCACUCACUCUAAUCGUCUCCCCAAGCUUCGUGGAUCCUAAGCUGAUCUGGCCUUUCGUCGGCAUUGGUGCCGCAAACCUUCUCUCUGCAGUCUGCAUCUGGAUAUUCUUCCGCAAGAUGGACGACGACGAGGCAUCCGCGGGUCUUAUUGGGAAGGACCGUGUCAUCGAAGGUAUUGUCGGGCCAGAUCACGAGAAGAAAUAG